CACUUUUAAAAAGAUGCAUCUUGGAGAUUUCUGGUACCAUGAAGGACUGGCGACGUCAAGUGGAGCCUCAAAGUUUCGAAAUCCAAAGAAGGUUUUAAGAAGUGAUUGCUGUUUAGAAUGAAGUUAACAGAACACAGCGUUAUCUGGUACUAGAAGCCUUGCUUCAAGAUGGCGGACCUGGAAGCAGUUUUAGCCGAUGUUAGCUAUUUAAUGGCUAUGGAAAAAUCCAAGUCUACUCCUGCAGCACGAGCAAGCAAGAAGAUAGUAUUGCCAGAUGCAUCGGUAUACAGCGUUAUGCACAAAUACCUUAGCGAUCGUUCUGAAGUCACAUUCUCAGGAAUAUUUGAUCAGCAAAUAGGUUACCUAUUAUUCAAAGAUUUCUGCGAAAAUAUAUGCGACGAGCACAUUCCACAGAUCCAUUUUUAUGAAGCAAUCAAAGAGUACGAGAAAAGACAAGGUGUUGAAGAAAGGCUGCAACAAGCUCGAGAAAUUUUUGACAAUUACAUCAUGAAAGAACUGCUUUCAUGUUCCCAUUCAUUUUCCUUCACUGCGACAGAGCAUGUCAGGAAACUCCUGCUCAGGGGAGAAGUUCCAGUUAACCUUUUCGAACCUUAUGAUAAAGAAAUAAGAGACAGCUUAAGAGGGAGGAUUUUCGACAAAUUUUUAAAGAGUGAAAAGUAUGUUAGGUUUUUACAGUGGAAGAACUUAGAGCUCAAUCUACAUUUAAGUAUGAAUGACUUUAGUGUACAUCGAAUCAUUGGUCGGGGUGGAUUUGGUGAAGUCUAUGGCUGUCGGAAAGCUGACACCGGUAAAAUGUAUGCAAUGAAGUGUUUAGAUAAAAAGCGAAUCAAAUUAAAGCAAGGAGAAACUCUGGCAUUGAACGAAAGAGUAAUGCUGUCAAUGGUGAACUGCCCGUUUAUUGUGUGCAUGACGUAUGCAUUCCAAACUGCUGAUAAACUCUGUUUCGUAUUGGAUCUCAUGAAUGGUGGUGAUUUGCACUAUCAUUUAACACAACAUGGUGUCUUCAGCGAAGAAGAGGUAUUAUUUUAUGCCUCUGAAGUGAUUCUUGGCCUGGAGCAUAUGCAUCGACGCUACGUUUGCUAUAGAGACUUAAAGCCAGCAAAUAUUUUACUAGAUGAGCAUGGUCACGUGAGAAUUUCUGACCUUGGAUUGGCUUGCGAUUUUUCAAAGAAGAAACCGCAUGCAUGUGUAGGCACGCAUGGCUAUAUGGCACCUGAAGUGUUACAAAAGGGAGUCUGUUACGAUUCUUCGGCAGACUGGUUCUCGUUUGGAUGCAUGAUCUACAAACUUCUAAGGGGACACAGUCCAUUCCGACAACAAAAGACCAAAGACAAAUACGAGAUCGACAAAAUGACACUGACCAUGGACAUUAAAUUUCCAGAUGAGUUUAGUGACUCGAUGAGAUCUUUGCUGAGCGGCUUUUUGCAGCGUGACGUUUCGCAACGACUUGGUUGUAGAGGAACUGGCGUCGAGGAGAUCAAGGCUCAUUCAUUUUUCAAGGAUAUCGAGUGGAAGCAAGUCGAACUUCUAAAGUUGCUGCCCCCUCUAAUACCACCUCGAGGUGAAGUCAAUGCUGCGGAUGCAUUUGACAUUGGCUCAUUUGAUGAGGAUGACGUCAAAGGCAUCAAGCUUUCAGAGACAGAUCAGGCUCUAUACAAAAAUUUCAAUUAUAUCAACUCUGAAAGGUGGCAACAAGAAAUUGCAGAAACUGUAUUUGAUGUAAUCAAUCAAGAAACGGACAAGAUUGAAGCCAAAAAGGGCACAAAGAUCAACUUGAACCAUAUAGAAAUAACAGAAUCGAGUGACUGCCUUCUUCACGGCUUUCUCAACAAGCUUGGUGGACCGUUUCAAUCGCAGUGGCAGAGGAAGUACUUCUAUCUAUUUCCAAACAGAAUCGAAUGGAGAGGAGAACAACUGAAUUCUCAGAAGAAUCUGGUCCCAUUCGAGGAUAUUUUUUCAAUUGAAGAAUGUCAAAUUAAAGGGUUCAAAUGUAUCAAAAUCGUAUGCAAAGACCAAAAAGAACAUACACUACGAGCAGAGAGCGAAACAGAAUACGAUGAAUGGAUUAAGGAAAUACGCCGUGCCCACGAAGAGGCACAAAUAAUGGUUAGAACUGGAGCGAAAAUUAUGAGUAACUCAAAGAAAUGCUUCCAUUCACAAUCCAGCAAAGACAGUAUCGACAAUGAGCGCAGCUUCUCGUCCGAAAAUCAUGUAUGACGUCAUUUAUUCGCACAGGCAUUGAUUUCACAACUGGAAGAUUAUGAUUAUUAUGUACAGAGCAUAAUGCUACGGUGGACUGCCAUUUCUGAUGGCAAAUCAAGAUUACAGCAAAGCAGCCAAUGAAUUUUCAAUUGAAAAAGAAUGAUAUAGUGUCAGGUAUGUCUUGAUGUCCAUAUUUAAUUGACAGGCAAAAGGGCAGAGAAAUGUAACGUUUUGAGCCCUUCAGUAUAUGCACUCCGACAUCGUUUUCAUUAGAAAUCGUUUUCAUUAGAAAUCGUUUUCAUUAGAAAUCGUUUUCAUUAGAUGGGUGACGUGCAACUGCACUGGUGUUUGCUCGUAGAAUUCCUCAAAUGGUUUUAAACUCUGUCGCGGUUGUCGUUAGUUCAGAGAUGAUGUGAUUUUCUCUAUUAUUGAGGCAAAGGCGAAAUUUUAUUUACCGUCAACCGUGUUUCUACUACUGCGAGUGUCAAUUGAUCAUCGUCUUUCCCCGUCCCUUUAGUCACCGCGCAUGUGCAAUAGCAAUUUCUCGAAUCACUUUGCUUGCUUCAUGAAUGUUUGAACGGGGUGGCUUAAUCCUUGGAAGGCUUGUAAUUAUUUGUUUUCUAGUACUGUACAUGUAUUUUCCCUUAACUGUUGUUCGUCACAGAGCCUUCAAUAGCUGUUAAGAUACCUCAUAAUGAGACGUCUGAUUGUUGACAACUAUCCGUCAGCUCAUACUGGUCGCAAUGUGAAAUGUACAACUAACUUUACAAGGUAGAAUCAACCUUAAAGCAUUUUUGAGUGCAUUAAAACAGUCUUUUGGUAACUAUGCAGUACUUGGUUUGAAAAUUAUGGUCACAUACAAACUAUUUUCUAAAUAUGACUCGUUUUCAUGUGCUGUGAACAUGUGUGGUUUUAUUCCACAGUAGCGAAGUUUAAGUCUGAUUUUUUUAUCUCCACAUCAAAUAGAUAUACUUUGCCAAUAUUUAAGGAAUUGAUCAGAAUAUAUUUCUCGUACCAAUGGGCAGGCCUUGAAGGCUUAUUUUAUAGGACAGACUUUGCAACCUGAAAGAAAACUAAUGAUUUCCCAGAAAGAAUUUUGAGCUGCUUUCCUCAAACUGGCUCAUUCAAUUUACUCUACAUAGGCCAAGGUGGGUGUCGACCAAAGCAAGUUCAGCCCCUUGCAAAUCGUAACCCAAAGCAAGUUCGAAUAUGGAAACUCCCAGGUAUCUAGUAACCGCAGUUGUUCCUAUGCUUCGCAAACUCCCACUGUAAACUGUAUCGAUAACUUUGCCUGAAAUUAUUCUUAUGUCUGAGCUUGUUACUCGUAUGUAAUUUCGUUAUUUGUAGACCAAGAUCAAACUAUGAUAUUCUUUAAUUGGUGGAGUAUUGCGUCGUGUUGAUAAUAUACCUUUUGUUGUUAAUUCACAUAUCGCUGUUGAAAAUCUCCGUUGGUCAAUCGGAGUUUAAUAUCAUCCAAUGCAUACUGUAAUUCCCAAUCAAUAAUUUCUCCUACUUAAACACACAUAAUUUCUUUGAGAAAUCGUUUGUGCACUCACGCUUUUGUGUACCGAUUGAUAAUUUGUUAGAUUCUGCUGGUAAUCUGUACUUUAAUCUUUAGUUUCAUACUUCCAGGACUUAGGGCUAGGGUAGCUGAGAUGUGCCAUAUUUGGAGGUCUUAUUUGUAGAAAAGAAUGAACCAUAGGUGUCCAUUUGCUGAAAAGGCACGGUUGAUAUACAUCUUUUACUUUCUAGAAAUAUUGAUUCUGACUAAUAUUCAAUCUGCAAGAUUUCCAGCAGAUAAACUUAAUAUUGCAAAUCCUUGCAUUACGCAGAUACCCUUUUUCUUGCGGGGGAAUUUUUAAAUAUGAAUUUACCUAGAAUUUUCUAACUAUGGCACAUCCCAAAAAAUUUAUGGUCCAAAAUACCCCAAGAUAGGAAAUCUAUGGUCCUAGGCUAUGGUGCAUGCACUCGUUUUUAAUCUGUAGAUACGGCUUGAUGUUUGCCGGCCUAACAUCCAUGUGACUUGGUUACAACAGCUGUAUUGGCAAUUUACGCAAAGUGCAAUCCGUUGUCUUCAAAUACCUCAUGCAAAAUUUGCCCUUGAACUUUUAUUUCAAAAUAUAAAGCAAGUCAAUUAGUAUUGAUCAAUUUACUUUUAAAAUGAACAUUGUCUGUAUGUUUUGAUAAGGAGGGACAUAGUUAGUGCCGGAGGCUCCUGGCAAAAACCCCCAAGCAAAAAAAUAGAAAGAAGAAAUAUCAAAACAGGAAAUUGCUCCCAAAGUUUUGAAAUCUAGCAACACACAUGUAGCCACUUUUUGAAUAGUUUCCCCAUCUCCCCCUUUCCCCCUCCUCCACAACGUUAUGCAGUGGUGGCGCCAGCUAUUACAGAGUGGGAGUGUAAUGGACGGGGCCGUUGGGACCACGCCUCUUUUGCCUCAUUUCAGUGAUUUGUACUAUGUUAACUUUCCUUAGGAAAUUUGAUCUACCCCUACCCAGCGUUUUCUAAUCCAUUUUUAAAAGAAAUAUGUAGACCAUAUUUUCACAAAAGUGGGCGGUAAUUACCCCCAUACCACCCCUUGGCGCCGCCACUGACAUUAUGUUAGCAUGGCUCCUUAAAGUAAAAACCGUUAAGUGCAUAUUUUAGUAGAUGUUGAAUAGAUUAUCAAAACUAUAUUCAGAAAUUAUCAGCUAGUUUUCCUUUGUAUAUUGUUGUUAUCGGAAUUGUCCCGUUUCUGAGAAUAAUUAAUUUUCAAGCUUUUUGACACCUCAAGGUAAAGAAUAGUCGGAUAGCUAGUACUAAAAAAUAACGCACUUGUCUUACUGUGAUUGUAGUUGCAUACAUCUCGCACAUGUGUGACAAACAAUUCUAUUCAAAUGUUGUCAUUUUUGUUUUUAUUUUACUUCCAAUGUAAUUCCAAUAUCGCACGCAUUCUGCCCUAUUUUGUUUCUAAUGACUAUCGUUGUUCGGGUGCAGUCUUGCUGCAGUCACACACCACUUGCAGGCUCUUGCUGCUUUUUGUAUCAAAUUGUCUUUUAUUCUUCGAUGAUCUAGGAUAGCAGACUCACGGCUCAGACUCUAAUAGUCACACAAUACUGUCAAAGUACACUGUAUGGCAGCAGCUUACUGGCGCUGCUAAGAUACAGACUUUGCAGUAAUGAAACAGUAGUUUCUGUUGUACUCAAUAGGCAUGUAAUACAUUUUUAUCAUCAAUGUCUUACAAUAAUAUGCAAAUUCGGGGAUAUAUGUUUCCAAUAAAAGCUCGAGCAAGUCACAAAUAUUCACCCAAGGAAAGCAGGCCUUUCAAUGCAAAGAUUUCUAGUAAUUGGUGUCUGCGUAAGGAUUCAAAGUCCCGUUUAGCCCAAUGGCCCAUUUCAAUUGGUAUUUUUACAAAAUUGAGGUCUUACACUGCGCACGAUAGCUACAAAUGAUAUUACGACUUUUGUUGCUAGUUUGAUUCAAUAUAACGGUCUGAUUGUGUAACUUUUACGUUGAAAACAUCGAUUAUGAUAACAUUAGGAAACUAUUUAGUUGAUAUUUUUAGGAUGCAAACGGUAAUUUGAUUAAAAUCAUGUUAAAACAAUUUAAAUGAAUAAAAUUAUAUAUAAAUAUAUAGAUGUAUGCAUCGUAGAGUAAAUAUAUGUUGUAUAAUUCACUUCUCGUGUAGUUAGUAUUUAUUGUCACACACAGCUAGAUAUUGAGUGUCAAAUCUUCUCACUUUCAUUGUGUUCCAUUGCAGCCAAAGAAUAACGUCUGAUUUUAUCGAA